AUUUUUACUAUUAAAAAUGUUCACAGGUUGUGGAACCCGUUUUGGUAAUGGUAGAUUCCCAUCUUUAAGGCCUUAAUUUGGGGGGUUGUUAGCUGUGUUAGUUUGCCUCCUUUCUCCAUCUCUAUUUUGGUGUGGCUGGAGGAAUUUUGAUUCGGUGGUUGAGCUGGGAGAGUGGAGUGAAGUGAAGAUGCUCGUGAACUGAAGUUAUGGCCUACGCUGAAAAUAAGUACACUUCACUGUUGUGUAAUAACACUUGGUAGACCAAGAGUGUGCAAGCUUCUGCUUCAAUUGGAGUGAUGUCUGCGAGUUAAUAAGCUAACUAAAUGAUUACCUGACAAUACAGAGUGGGGCCGUGGUUAGGUUAAGACGUGAGUGGUUAGAAAGAUACUCCAUUGGUAGUGAAAUGUAAAAGUGAGGCUUCAUAUCAUCGUGUGAUGUUGAGCCUCAAAAAGUCAAUAGUAUGUGAAGGAUAAUAUUUUCACCUCUAUGGAUGUUCCAUGGUGUUGUGGCUCGAGGAAGGUUUUCAUUACCUGCGCCAUCUGCUCCACGUAAUCGAAAUUGGGCACCAUGCCAUGCCGUUGUUGCAACGCCAUUGCUUAUUGCAUUUGAAUUGCUCCUUUGUAUAUAUCUUGAGAGCUUAGAUGUUCGUGGAUUUGCAGCAGUUGAUCUAAAGAUAGUGUUUCUUCCCUUACUAACAUUUGAAAUCAUUAUUCUCAUUGACAAUUUCAGGAUGUGUAAGGCUCUAAUGCCAGGGGAUGAAGAAAACAUGAGUGAUGAGGCAAUAUGGGAAACUCUUCCUCACUUUUGGGUUGCAAUCUCUAUGGUGUUCUUCAUUGCUGCUACUGUCUUCACACUCCUGAAACUGAGUGGUGAUGUAGGUGCUCUGGGCUGGUGGGACUUGUUUAUUAACUUUGCUAUUGCUGAGUGCUUUGCUUUCCUUGUAUGUACAAAGUGGUCCAAUCCAGUCAUUCAUAGAAAUUCAAGAGAAGCCAGUAGUUCAUCUUCUACUACGAUUAGAUAUCUUGACUGGAACAGUGGUUUAGUGGUUUCUACAGAGGAAAAUCAAGGGAGGAUGUGUAGCCUGCAAGACAUAGGAGGUCAUUUCAUGAAAGUGCCAAUUAUUGCAUUCCAGGUUCUUCUUUGUAUGCAUCUAGAGGGAACACCUGCUUGUGCUAUAUAUAUACCUCUUCCAGUUCUUUUUUCCCCCCUUUUCCUACUGCAAGGAGCUGGUGUACUGUUAUCUGCAUCUAAAUUAGGGGAGAAACUUGUGCUUCUUCUACGAAGUGGAGCUGGUGGAGGAAUAUAUUUUAGAUUUUCUUCAAGAUUUCAUGAUUGCUUGGGGUUCUUGCAUCAUGGUUCUAGAUUAUUAGGUUGGUGGUCAAUUGAUGAAGGGAGUCGGGAAGAACAAGCACGACUAUACCAUGAGGGAGCAUCUGGGUAUAAUACGUUCUGUGGUUAUCCUCCAGAGAUUGUUAAGAAAAUGCCAAAAAAGGAACUUGCUGAGGAGGUUUGGAGACUCCAGGCAGCUCUUGGUGAACAGACUGAAAUUACAAAGUACAGCCAACAGGAGUAUGAAAGACUUCAAAAUGAGAAAGUGCUAUGCAGAAUCUGUUUUGAGGGAGAGAUUAACGUUGUAUUGCUCCCAUGUAGGCAUCGUGUCCUUUGCAGCACUUGCUCUGAGAAGUGUAAGAAGUGCCCAAUUUGCCGCGACUCUAUUGCUGAGCGUCUGCCAGUAUACGAUGUUUAGAUGUUAACUUGGUCAAGUUUUUUGUGUUAAAAGACCACCAGAAUAGAAGAAAGGGACUAGAGAACAUGGGUUUAACAGGGUGAAUACUUGGUACAGUUUUCGCGGUGACAUUAAUUCGACGCCAACUUGUUGACUGUCUAAUACAAACAUCAAAGGAUAGGAAGAAGAAUAGUGCAUCCACUAAACAUACUUUGGAUUUUUAAUUUGAUUUGUUUGCAUUCACUCUCUUAUGUAAUUUGUAUAUAUAUACUGGCUUUUUACAGGCUCUAAAAGUGAGUGUGAUGAGUGUUGAAUUAUAGUCUCUCUUCAGUUCUUUGGUAUAUCAGCGUGCGCUGGGCAUCUUUUUCUUUC